CACUUAUAAGUAAUAUUAUUUGUAGGAAUACUUGUCCAUUUCUUCUAACAUUCACAAAAGUUUCUGUAACUGUCAACACACCAGAAUAUAGCUCGGAAUUUGCUGUUACUAAUUUAGAAAGUAAUUCUUUAAAUUUUCACAGCAAUGAGGUAAAAAAAUUUAUUAUUGAAUUUAUGGCCGACUCAAAUGAUGUUAAUAAGGAAAUACAGAUAGGUUCCAUUAAUGUACUACUAGGAAAUCCAUCAGAAUGUUGCUUAGAUUUAAAAUAUGCUUCUAUAGUUGAUACAAAUGGCAACUAUCCUGAAUUAUUGCAUUUUAAAUAUACUAGUAAUGAAUUAGACUCUGGCAAUAUUCGACCACUUUCAACAGCAACUAUUGUUCCAAGAAAUUCGAAACUGAAUGUCAGUUUCAUUCACUAUCAACCUGCUCUUCUAGAAGAAUGGUAUGAAGUCAAAGUAAAUAUUUCCAAUGAUGAACACUUUAGCAUAAAAAAUAUGAAGAUUGAGGUUGAUUUAGAAGAGGAUGCAACAAAUGUGGCGAUCGGUUACGUGAACAAAGACAAGGACCAAACCAAGGUGCGCCGCGAUAUCGGGAAGCUACAAACCCUGAGGGCCAACGAAUUAUUACAGGCGGCUAGUGUUACCAUUCCCAAAGAAGGUUGCGGUAUCCCCGAAUUGCAACAGUUCCAACAAUAUCUAAAAGACUAUUGUAUCGUCGUAUAUCAGUACGGUACCAAAGGCCACGAUGUUAUAUUCAAGGGCGUAGCAAAAGACCUAAAAUUAAAUUUGAUUUAUCACAAGGACCAUUAUAAUGUCAUUACUUCGCUGACGGCCGCCUUCUGCUGUGAAUAUUAUUGCGAGAGGUGCUAG